AUGAGAUUCACCGCUCCAAUUCUUGAAGCUUUUGGAUGGAAAAUGUCAUUUGAUUUUGGCUUCUACGGGUAUGAGGGAUUUAUGUGGAUUUGCAGUGAGAAAAUGAGUAGUUUCAAUAGAAGUGUUUCUUUCAAACAAAGGGCCGCGAGUGUGGGCAGUCCGAGAUUCAGUAGAAAGAGUUGGGUGUCGAGGCUGUUCCGUGCUGUAAUUGCAAUUGGGUCCCUGGUCUCCUUCCUUUUGGCCACCGGCUGUGGGUACUUGUAUGUCCUCCCAAACCUCACUCACGCAUUCCAUGACCGUGAUAUUGGGUUAUCGGGGUCAAACAGCACAUCUGACGCGUGUGAUGUGUUUGACGGGCAUUGGGUGCUUGAUGAUAGUUAUCCCCUGUAUAAUGCCUCGGAGUGCCCUUUUGUGGAGCAAGGGUUUAACUGCUUGAUGAACGGCCGUGAGGAUGAGGAUUAUCUGAAAUGGAGGUGGAAGCCCAAAAACUGUGAAAUCCCGAGAGUUAACGUGCGGCAUGUUCUGGAAGCUCUGCGGAAUAAGAGAGUUGUUUUUGUUGGUGACUCUAUGAGUCGCACUCAGUGGGAGUCUUUGAUAUGUCUGCUGAUCACGGGUGUGGAGAAUAAACGAAGCGUUUAUGAAGUCAAUGGAAAUAGGAUAACAAAGCAGAUUAGAUUCUUGGGUGUGAGGUUUAGUACCUUUAAUUUCACAAUUGAGUUCUACCGAUCUGUGUUUCUAGUGCAACACAACUGGGCUCCCAAGAAUGUGCCCAGGAGAGUUCGGUCGACACUUAAAUUGGACAAGCUGGAUGACAUCAGUAAAGAGUGGAUUGAUUCGGAUAUUCUGAUUUUCAAUUCUGGUCAGUGGUGGGUUCCGGGGAAGCUUUUUGGGACGGGAUGCUAUUUCCAGGUUGGUGAAUCGCUGAAACUCGGAAUGCCCAUUGCCAAAGCCUAUCGAACUGCUUUACAAACUUGGGCAUCUUGGGUGGACCGUAUGAUCAAUCCAGAUAAAACACACAUCUUCUUCCGAACCUUUGAACCGUCUCACUGGAGAAAUCUAACUCUAGGAGAGUGCGAAGUGUCUCAAUUACCUCUUUCAGAAGUCGAAGGGAAGGACUAUAGUCCGUUUUCAGAUACCGUGUUCGAGGUGGUUAAUACUAUGAUUGUUCCCGUGACCGUUGUUCAUGUAACUCCUAUGUCAGCAUUUAGAAGUGAUGCACAUGUGGGCACGUGGAGUGACCGGCCGUCCUUAUCCGACUGCAGCCACUGGUGUCUGCCGGGACUCCCUGACGUGUGGAAUGAAAUAGUCCUUUCAUAUUUUCUUGGAAACUAUUAA